CGUCAUUUCGACAUUUUAGACACAGAUAAAUAAAGACUUGAUUUUAGAACAAAGCUUGAAAUGCAUUAAAAUUAUAUAUAAUAAUUUACAAUUCAAGGCCUGUUUUUAUUGAUUCUCAUUUUAACUUAAAAUACAGCUACCUACUAAUAUUUCGGAACAAUAAAUUCCCCGUCAGGGUCAUGGGAAAAAAGGACAAUAACAAUAAGAAAAAGGGUAAAGAAAAUGUGACCGGGAAAUUAGUCCUAGUAGCUAUCAAGAAUCUGACCAAAAACACAGGCUGGACCGCCAGGACGAUCAUAAAAUAUAUCAAGAUGGAGUACAACAUUGCAGAUCCUAAGCUGAGCCUGAAUGUUAGCAGAGCAUUGACCCGAGGAGCCAAAUUAGGGUUGCUUCACGCCGCCGGUAACCGAUACCGCCUCAACGAGAUGUCGGGCCUCGCCGCGCCGGCUCUAAGCAACGUGAGUGUGGCGGCACCCAAGAAGGCUAACCAGCCGAAGGCUAUACCUCUCCGCAUCAGGAGCCGCUCAGCUUCUCCGGUCAAGAAGAGAAAAUAAAAUUUAUCGCGUUCCCAGCAUCUGAAAAUGAAAAUUCUAAAGUAGUGAAAAAUCAGAACGUGUUGUAAUUUUUGUGAAAUGUUUAUUUUGAUAGCAUUUUUUUGUAAUAAUAUAUUAUAUUUUUUUAAGUAAA